UUUUUAAAUUUAACUCGGAUACUCGGUAGUAAAGAUCAAAAAAAAAAAUGGAAGUUUAAUAGUAAUACUCCAUGUAGUUAUUGGAAGAUGAUGGUGUCAAUUGGCAAGCCCUUCCGGCGGUCGACCGUUUGCGGUUGAAAUCUUUUGAAUUUCUCUCCUCCAAAUUAACCGCUCUUCAUUUAAAUCCAAAACAUUUCUCUAUCCAUUAUCCAAAAUAUCAUCGAUCAAAUUCUCUAGCAAUAAAAUUUGCAAAUCAUCACUGGAAAAAAAACGAAAAGAAAUGGAGAAAUCAGCGUCAGAGCGGAUCGGCAUCAGAAUCUACACAGCCAGUCCGAAUGUAGAAGCCCCGCCCCCGCCCCCGCCGCAGUACCCCUCUACCGGCGAGCCUCCGAGCACCGGACGCAAGAGGCGAGCGGUUGCGAGCGGCGUGCAGAAGACGCUCUCGAAAACCUCCCUGCUGGCCAACUUCCUCCCUACGGGCACCCUCCUGACCUUCGAAAUGGUGCUGCCGUCGAUCUACGCCAACGGCGAGUGCUCCGCCGUGACCACCCACAUGAUCUACGCCCUCCUGGCGCUCUGCGGCUUCUCAUGCUUCUUCUUCCACUUCACCGACUCCUUCAAGGGCCCCGACGGCAAGGUCUACUACGGCUUCGUCACGCCCCGAGGCUUGGCCGUCUUCAAGUCCGGCCUUGGGGUCCACGUGCCCGACGACGACAAGUUCAAGCUCGGGCUGAGCGACUUCGUGCACGCCAUGAUGUCCGUGCUCGUCUUCGCUGCCAUCGCCUUCUCCGACUACCGGAUCACCGGCUGUGUGUUUCCCGGCCACGCCAAGGAGUUGGAUGAAGUCAUGCAGAGUUUCCCCUUGAUGGUUGGGAUUGUCUGCAGUGGCUUGUUUCUCGUCUUCCCCACUACUCGUUAUGGCAUUGGCUGUGUGUCUGCCUGAAUUUGUAUCUACUUAUUAUAUUGUGUUGUAUAUAAAUGGAUGAUGGGGUGAAUUUGUUUCUAAACUGUCGUUACAUA